CAAUUAUUAAAGCCAAAAAUCAAACCAAUAAAACCUCACCACGUGUAAACUGGCAGCUUCUUCUUCUUCUUCUUCAGUUAGAAGCUUUUGUAAGAGUAAAGAACCAGAGAGAAGCCAUGUCUGUAAAACUAAUCUUAUCUUCAUCAAUCCUUCUGAUUCUCUUCGCGGCGGCUGCGACUAAAGAGAUCAGAUUCGAUGAAUCAAAUCCAAUCAAAAUGGUCUCCGACAAUCUCCACGAGCUUGAAGAAACCGUUGUCCAGAUCCUAGGCCAGUCCCGUCAUGUUCUCUCAUUUACUCGCUUCACUCACCGGUAUGGGAAGAAGUAUCAGAGUGUGGAAGAGAUGAAGUUAAGAUUCUCUGUUUUUAAAGAGAAUCUUGAUUUAAUCAGAUCCACUAAUAAGAAAGGCUUAUCUUAUAAACUCUCUCUUAAUCAGUUUGCUGAUUUGACAUGGCAAGAGUUUCAAAGAUAUAAGCUUGGAGCUGCUCAAAACUGUUCUGCUACUUUAAAGGGUAGCCACAAGAUUACUGAAGCUGCAGUUCCAGAGACAAAAGAUUGGAGAGAAGAUGGUAUUGUUAGUCCUGUGAAAGAACAAGGACAUUGUGGAUCUUGUUGGACAUUUAGCACGACGGGAGCUCUUGAAGCAGCUUAUCAUCAAGCAUUUGGAAAAGGAAUAUCUUUGUCCGAGCAACAGCUUGUUGAUUGUGCUGGAACUUUUAAUAACUUUGGUUGUCAUGGUGGACUUCCUUCUCAAGCCUUUGAAUACAUUAAAUAUAACGGUGGGCUCGACACAGAGGAGGCUUAUCCUUACACAGGAAAAGACGGUGGCUGCAAAUUUUCGGCGACAAACAUCGGUGUACAAGUCCUUGACUCUGUUAACAUUACCCUGGGUGCAGAAGAUGAAUUGAAGCACGCGGUCGGGUUGGUAAGGCCAGUGAGUGUGGCGUUUGAGGUUGUACAUGAGUUUCGGUUUUACAAGAAGGGAGUUUUUACUAGUAAUACUUGUGGAAACACUCCAAUGGAUGUAAACCAUGCAGUGUUAGCAGUUGGUUAUGGAGUUGAAGACGAUGUCCCGUAUUGGCUUAUAAAGAACUCAUGGGGAGGUGAUUGGGGAGACAAUGGCUAUUUCAAGAUGGAAAUGGGAAAGAACAUGUGUGGUGUUGCAACAUGUUCAUCGUACCCGGUUGUGGCCUGAGGCUGAUGUUUAAGCGCGUUUACAAUGGACUGAGGCUUUUGGGUGUUGAAAGAUGGGAAAUAUUUUGGUUAUUUGGGAUAAAUGGUUGAAUUGUUGUGAACUUACAUCACUUGGGACUUGGGAGUUAAAUUUUUAUACGUGUAUGGUGCUUAAUGCUUAUGUUUCCAAAUAAUAUUGUCGACACUCGACAGAAUAAAAGAAAACUAUUUCC